UCUGCUCCAUUAGCCAUGAGUCCCGCCGCAGCACGCGCUCUCCUCGCGCUCCUGCUCGCGCUCUGCGCCCUCAGCCCAUCGCUCACAGCUUUUAAACCGUUGCGUCCGCGCAACGUGAAGCUAACGUCGGUGCAUAAGGGCUUAAAGGUCACGUGGGAGCCGCCUAGUGAGUUGGACGGUCGACCAGUGGACCGCUACAGCAUCGGAUAUGGCAAGUCUAUGAAGUCUCUGCGCUUCAUCACGGUGGACAAGAACCGCCGCUCCGAGGUACUAGAGGACGUAGAGCCUGGAGUCCUGCACUUUCUCAAGAUAAGUGCUGAAAAUGAGGAGGGACUGAGUAAACCAGUCUACAGGGCAGAAACUCCAGGAGGAGGGGAGUGGGUAAAAUUGGAUGGCUUUGCUGUUGACUCCUCCAAUGGCUCCUCGGCAGGGAGAAGCUUGUCAGAGAUCGCCUCCCAGACGAAUCCUCAGUCCUCAGUUAAGAGGUCAGCACUGCAGCAGAGGCCACCUCAGUCCUCCUCAGGCCAUGAGGGUCCACAUAGAGGAGGAUAUCUCCCCAUCCGUCCCCAAAACAAACACAGAGUGGACCUCAGUCAGCCCCAAGCUGAUCAACGCAAUGCUAACAAGCCCAAACUUGCAUCUGAGUCCGUCUAUGUGGUAUCACUGCAGGCACAGAAAAGCCUACGGAAGAGUACACCAACUAACAAGGCUGUCAUGACCAAAAGCCCUCCUCCAGAGCCAGAGGAAGUGGACGAGGCAAAGGACGUCACAGUGAGAGUUCUGUCCCCCCAGUCUGUCCUCAUCACAUGGGUUGAUCCUCUUGUGGAGAAACAGAAGAGCAUCCCUGAAGGCACUAGGCAUUACACAGUGAAAUACAGAGAGAAAGGAGAAUCUGCUCGGUGGGAGUAUAAGGAGACAACCCAGAGGCGAAUCAUCAUUGAAUCACUCACUGCAGAUGGAAUGUAUGAGUUCUCUAUUCGAAUCUCCCAGAGAAACCAGCAAGGAAAGUGGAGCGCAUCUGUAUUCCAGAGGACUCCUGAAUCAGUUCCCUCUGGACCUCCUGAGAACUUCGAGGUGAAACCACUUAGAGGAAAAGGCACUGCUGUCACAGCAAAAUGGGAUGCACCUGAAGAACCCAAUGGUAAAAUAAGAGAAUAUAUUCUCUCCUAUGCUCCAGCCAUGAGACCCUUUGGAGCAAAGUCAAUCACAUACCGUGGCACUACCACCUCUGUAACCAUUGAUGGACUGAUUCCAGGCGAUCGCUAUAUCUUUAAAAUUCGGGCAGUCAACAGGAAAGGACAAGGACCACAGUCUAAGGCCUUCAGUGUUGCAAUGCCUGGCACCAGCAGUACGCCUUCAAGACCUUCUACACCCUCCAAGAGCCCUACCAGUACACCACACGAUGACGUGAAGCAUGAUGUAGAAGAAAUGGAAGAACCUGAUGCCCACACCACUACUGCUCCACUUUCAACCAAGAAAGCUCGACCACUGUCUCAGACACGGUCUUAUCAUAGCAUUUUCUCUGCUGUAAGGAAUCCUGUCAGAAAUUCAGGUUCUGGCUCAAGGAUAACCUCAGAUGUAUCCCCACCCAGAAGCAGAAAUAAAGAACUGGAUCAGGAAGAAACACCAACAGACACUCCCAAAGAAGAUAAUGCAAAUGAAGCUGUUGAGGAUACACAACCAGAAAUUACUAACAAUGUCCCUUCAAAAACUGAACAGGAAGGACCCAAAAAAGUUUCACCUGAAGCCCAGGAAACAAGCUCAGUUCUCAAAAGUUUGUUACCCAACACACAGACUUUACCUCCAAAAUCUUCCUCACCUGACUCCCUACCUAAAACAUCAGAGGGCCAUCGCUAUUCCCGCAUAAGACAACCGAGUUCCCGUACUUCUGGGUCACGGUUAAGCACUCAAAGUGGAGUCAACCAAGAGUCUGCAGCCACAAGGAAAGACUACACAGCCAGUUCUUAUCCAAAGGGAAAGGAUUUGUACAACAAGAUUGGCAUUUCAGACACAAAAUCAUCCACCCCAUCUCCUCAGGAAACCAGUCGUGAAACAGACAGAGGGUCAUCAUCAUCAGCGUCUACCUCUGAUGUUUCUUCUUCAUCAUCAUCAGCCUCAUUACCAUCAUCAACAUCUGGGACAACGAAUCAUGGCAGUGGUACAGUAUCUGGGUCUGUUCAUCCUACUAGCAGAAGGGUCGGAAUCUCAACUAGGGUUCACAGACUGAAGCCUGCUACUUCAUCACAAUCAACAGCUGCAACAGGAUCCAGAACGUCUGACAAGAGUGAUAGCCAGUCUACAAGCAUUCAGGAUACAAAAGAUGCCAAAGAAAGUUAUCAACUUAAACAAAAAGAUGUGGAGUCUAAAAAUAAUGAAUCACCACCUUCAUCUCAUCAACCCACCACUACAAAUUCCUUCUCACCCAAAGAGGAGAGUCCGCAGGAAAAGGAGACCACUCAUGAGGACAAAAGUGAUGGCAGUCAUGCAAACACACCUCACCUUCCUUCUAGAGCAAAACCUUCUCUCAUAGGACAAGGUUCUUCUCCGGCAAAUGGAAAUUCCAGAAUAAUAGGUAGACGAAGACAAGAUGGUAGGAUCCCAUUGAGCAGAACUGCCUCUUCUGUAGGUGCAGGGAGGCCAAUUAUAAGAGGAACCACUGCAGCACCCACAACCUCACCCUCUAAUGGUCACAUACACAGUGACAGUUCAAAGACUAGCAAUGAUCAUGAAGAUGAUUACAUUUAUGAGGGCAGCAAGGAAGUUCACAAUAAAGAUGUUGUCCCAACUGCACCUCCUAAAAUUUCUGUGUCAGACCCUCUACAAACCUCUAAGGAUGGUUCUCAGUCUGUCCCUACUGUUCUCCGCAGACCUGUUUUGGGUUCAAAUGAAAGGUUUCGUUCUCCUGUCAUAGCAAGUCGUCUAAACGGGUCACGGUUCCCUGGUAGGUUGCAACCUGUACAACAUGCACGGUUGGGCUCCCCUGCUAAACAAAACAACUCUUCUUCACCCAUUUCAACUUCUUCAUCCUCUUCUGCCUCCCAGACCAUGCAACAGCCAACCCUUUCUUCACACCGAGGCACAGGUAUUAGCAGUAAUGCUAAUGGUAGGCUAAAUGUGGGAUCAGACUCACGCUUACCCCGGAGGCAAUCUCCUGCUAUUGAAAGCUCAAGUGGCAACACAGCAGCUGAUUCCAAGACCUUGUCAGCUUCAUCCCAUAAUCCAGUGGUGGGAUCAAGACUGCCCUACCCGAGCAGAUUGGAUGCCAUUUCAAGAAGGAAAACCCCAGUCAGUGGUUAUAAACCUAGUUAUGGGCAAGGAAAAAAUGGACGACCAAAUCUUACAGCCACAAAUGGCAAAAAAUCAUCUACACCAGAUGAAAAUGCAAAAGCAAAUGGAGUCAAACAUAUCACAGGCCCUGAUGGAACCAGAUGGGUUGUAGAUCUGAAUAAAGGGGUCUUAAUGAAUGAAGAUGGGAAGGUUUUGCAGGAUGCUAGAGGCCGACCCAGGAAAGUAGUCCUCGGAGAAGAUGGAAAAACUAUUUUUGAUGAGCAGGGCUCCCCAUUAGUAAACCAGGAGGGUGUGGCUUUGUUUGGUCAUGGGAGAGACAGUCGGCCUGUGGUUAACCCCAAAGAGAAGUACCUCACUGUGGGAGGGAAACCAGUGGUGGGCCUGGAUCGUCCAAAACCCAGUACGACAACUACAACCACAACAGCCACAACUACAACUACAACUGCAGCCACCACCACAACCACUCCUGAACCUACCACAACCGAGAUGACAACUCUAGAGCCCACAACCACAGAAGCCUUUCCUACCUGUCCCCCUGGAACAUUUUCAAGGAUGGAUAAGAAUGGCUUCCCUAGCAUGGAUAAGGAUGGGAUACUGGACUGCUACCCAGAUGAAGCUGGCUCAGGAAUGGGACUAGACUCCGUGGUAACAAUCACCAUAGCACCUGAAGAUACUUUUGCUAUAGAGGAAGACGAGUUUUGGAUAGAGACAACGAUGUUCCCAACCACCACUGAGCAGCCAACCACUACUCAGCUUACCACCACCAUUCAGCUGCCUACCACCACUCACCCCGACAUCUUUGAGAAUCCACGGCCACUCAACAACACCCCAUCCUCAGAGUUUGACGUCUCGGGCAAAAAACGCUUCACAGCUCCUUAUGUGAACUACAUCCGGAAGGACCCUGGUGCUCCAUGCUCCCUGACAGAGGCUCUGGAGUACCUGCAGGUGGAUGUCCUGGCCAAUCUUAUAGAGAAAGACAGCUUGGUAGCCAGUCAACAGCAGCCACCCAAACACAAACCACAUAACAUCACAGUGGUUGCCAUGGAGGGCUGUCACUCGUUUGUUAUUUUGGACUGGGCCCGGCCAUUGAAGGAUGACAUGGUGUCAGGGUAUAUGGUGCACACUGCUUCCUAUGACGAUGUGCUUAAUAACAGAUGGUCAUCUCUCCUCUCAUCUGGCACCCAUCUACCUGUGGAGAACCUCAAGCCGAACUCCAGGUACUACUUCAGAGUUCAAGCGAAGAACGUUUUUGGUCUGGGGCCGAUCAGUGAGACGUUAACAUAUGUUACAGAAUCAGAUGACCCCCUUCUUAUAGAGAGACCCCCAGGUGGUGAGCCUAUUUGGAUUCCGUAUACCUUUAGAUACAACCCAGCCCACAGCUCCUGUAAAGGAAGUCAAUUUGUAAAACGUACCUGGUACAGAAAGUUUGUGGGCGUGGUCCUCUGCAAUUCACUGCGCUACAAGAUCUUUAUGGGAGAUGGCCUAAAAGAUAGUUUCUACAGUAUCGGUGAUACAUUUGGCAAUGGAGAGGACCACUGUCAGUUUGUAGAUUCCUAUCUAGAAGGAAGGACAGGACCUCACAGCCUCUCCCUCUACCUGCCCGCAGCUAAAGGUUACUAUCGCUCAUAUAGGCAGGAGCCUGUAAAUUUUGGGCCCAUAGGCAAGCGUACACCUCAUCCUUUCGUGGGCUGGUACGAGUGUGGUGUCCCAAUCCCGGGGAAAUGGUAACGGAGGACUUUCUGAAAGCCAGACACCGCUGGCAUCUACAUUCCAUCCUCCUUCCCUCUCUGUGUGCCAAUUCCAUAAAUGAACUUUUGCUCACCAUGGCAACUGAAGCCAAAACAACAUACUUUUUCUGACAGAGAGAAUAUAAUACUUAAAAUAACACGUUUAUAUAUAAUUAUUCAGAUAUCAAGCACUUUUUAAACACAGUCUGUAUAUGAGGAAAUACAAGCAUGUGUGUUCAAAUUAUUAAUAACGUUUCAGAGACAUAAUAUCCUCAAUAAUUCCCAAUGAUUGAGAAUGGCUUCUGACAUUAUUUCUGUCUUGGAUAAUUUAUCGUAGUAUGACUCAAUUAGUAGCCUUUAAUAGGAUGUUUAACACAGAACACAAGCCCGACUAAGCAAUGACAGGGGAUUGCUGAAGCCUUACAAAUACAGUGACCUAUAUGUUAAUGAUGUAACAAAUUUUCCAUGAUUGAUGUUUCUUUGUAGUUUUUAAUGACUUUGCUAGUUUUGUACUCAUUUUUGUAUCAUCUUACCUUCAACAAUAGUUGGCUUGGAAGUAUUGCCCAUAUGAGGGCAGAUGAACAGUUAUUUCCAUUUGCUCAGGAAAGGUUGAAAACUGAAUAAAGGUGCUAUGGAAAACAUGGAAACCACUAAUGCUUUGUGCUACAUGGACAUUCUAACAAGUGUGUUGUUAGCAUUGACGUCAUAUAAUGCUAAAAAUGAAAUGCUUCUAAUCACAUUCAGGAGAGAAUUCCAUUGGAGACUACCAAGAGGGAAAAAAAGUCCUCUACAGUGCACAGAUUUACUUUUGGUGCAUAAAGGUUAUUUGAGAUACCAUGCUGAACAAGAAGGGAGACUUUCAAAUAUAAAAAGGUCUCUCAAAAAAGUGUUAGUGUCAUGCAAGGCCUUAAAAAACACCAUAAUAAUUAUUAAAUUAACUGUCUGUCAGGAAUUCCGUGUAGAUAAAAUACAGGAUUAUUAGUUUUGGUGGGGACAGCCCUAUUUUGCAGAAUAUGGAGUUUAUUUAAGGAUUUAGUGGGCAGACCACCAUGAAGAGUGUUUCCAUAGUCUAGACAAUAUAGAACAAAGGUCUGGGUUGAUGUUUCAACAAUGCAUGCAUACUGAAUGUCAACCACACAGUGAAGAUAUUUUAAAGGAAAAUAUAGUUUAUAUUGUAUUACCAUCAUUUUUGCCGCAAAGGUCAGAGAUGCAUCAAACUUUACACCUAUAAUAAUAACUUUAUAAUCAUGUACAUGCUUGAAGGAAUACUUGCUGAUUGCUACUCCUUCAUCCAUCCUCUGAUUCUUCCAGGACGGUUUUAAGACAUGUGCAUGGCAUGUCUGGUGUUGUUUUAAUAUACAACUGUACAUCAGGACUCAGAAACUGAAUAAAAAGGCAAGUUGGCUCAGA